AUGGCUCCUUCCGCCGUCCCCGCGUCCCAGCAGGACGAUGUCAACCUGACGGCUGCUGCCAUCCAGCACAAGGAGGCUGCCCAGCCUGUCACCAAGGCUCACUCCAACGGCCACGCCAACGGCAACGGCGUCGCCAAGGUCGCUCCCCUCGAUGCCUCUCUCCUCACCUACACCCUGACCGAGAACCCGCGGACCGUCCCGGACGAGGCCGUCGCCAAUGCCGGCGAUGAGACCGUCGCCACUGACCACAUGGUCACCGCCGUCUGGAAGGCCUCCACCGGCUGGGCCGCUCCCGAGCUCAAGCCGUACGGCCCCCUGAGCCUCAUGCCCACCGCCAGCUGCCUGCACUAUGCCACCGAGUGCUUCGAGGGCCUCAAGGUCUUCCGCGGCUUCGACGGCAAGCUUCGCAUCUUCCGCCCGGACCGCAACGCCCAGCGCAUGCACAUGUCCGCCGGCCGCAUCUCUCUGCCCCUCUUCGAGCCCGCCGAGCUUGAGAAGCUCAUGGUCGCCCUCCUCUCCGUCGACGGCCCCCGCUGGCUGCCCAAGGACAAGCCCGGCAACUUCCUCUACCUGCGUCCCACCCUCAUCGGCACCCAGUCCCAGCUCGGCGUCCAGGCCCCCAAGGAGGCCAUGCUCUACAUCAUCGUCACCUUCAUGCCCCGCAUGGACUCGCCUCCUGGCGGCAUGCGCCUUCACACCUCCCCCGAGGACAUGGUCCGCGCCUGGGUCGGCGGCUUCGGCUACGCCAAGGUUGGCGCCAACUACGGUCCCAGUCUGAUGGCCACUCAGGACGCCCGCCGCCGCGGCUACCACCAGAUCCUCUGGCUCUACGGCGAGCAGGGCGAGUGCACCGAGGCCGGCGCCAGCAACUUCUUCAUCGUGUGGAAGCGCAAGGACGGCAAGAAGGAGCUCAUCACCGCGCCCCUCGACGACAAGCUCAUCCUUGACGGCGUCACCCGCCGCUCCUGCAUCGAGGUCGCCAAGGAGCGCCUCGCCGGCGAGAUCGAGGUUACCGAGCGCAAGUACACCAUUGCCGAGCUCAUCGAGGCCGACGCCGAGGGCCGGAUCCUCGAGUCGUUUGCCGCCGGCACUGCUUACUUCAUUUGCCCCGUCUCUCAGAUUCACCACCGCGGCCAGGACAUCAAUAUCCCCAUGGGUCCCGAGGGCGCCGCCGGCGAGGUCACCGGCAAGAUCAAGGGCUGGAUCGGCGACAUCAUGUACGGCCGCGAGCAGCACCCGUGGGGCUUCAUCAUUCCCGAGAAGGAGUCCCGCCCCGCUGAGGAAUAA